GCGGUGGCUCCAAAAAUAAUGACAAUGACAAAUCGACAGAGUCCAUGGCAAUCCAAUCCACGGAGAAGCAACCCGCCGAAGUCGAUCCUGUUUACGAGGGACCGAAAAUCACAGCCACGUCGACGCAAGACUUCAUUGUCACAACAACUCUUGGCAAGGGCUCAUUUGGGCGUGUGAGACUAGCACGACACAAAGAGUCAAAUACUCUCUGGGCGUUGAAGAUCUUAAAAAAAAAAGAGGUUAUAAGCCAUAAUGCAAUCGAGCACGUUUUCCGGGAGAAGAAAAUUCUUCAUGCGCUCUCGCAUCCCUUUAUUGUUAAUAUGGCACUUGCGUUCCACGACACGUGUUUUGUGUACAUAGUGUUAGAGUUCGUGCAAGGGGGUCCUUUCGACACGAGAUUGCGGGGUGAAGGACAACUAAAGGACAACGAAUCAGCAUUCUACACUGCUCAAAUUGUCCUGAUAUUCGAAUACAUGCAUGCGAAGUACUACCUGUACCGUGAUCUCAAGCCAGAUAAUCUUAUCCUUGAUAUGGCAGGUUAUGUGAAGCUUGCUGACUUUGGGUUUGCAGUCUACUGUGAGACACAGACCAAGACACUUUGCGGGACACCAGACUACAUGGCGCCUGAAAUUAUCGAGAAAGGUGGCUACGGGAAGGGAGUGGAUUGGUGGGCUCUUGGCAUUGUCUUGUGUGAAAUGCUGACAGGGAAAACGCCUUUUGUCGCCGAUGAUCCCAUAGACACGUACAAGCUAAUUCUAAAAAAUGCGCCAAAAUGGCCUUCAGAACUCGAGGGCGUUGGGAAAGCUGCAGUGAAGAAGUUUUUGACAAAAAGUCCUCUUGAGCGCAUGGGAAACACCAAACUGGGAGAAGACGAGUGUAAAAAACACAAAUUCUAUAAGUCCAUCGAAUGGGGCAGAUUGCUAUCACGGGACCUUCAGGCUCCAUACGAUCCUUUUGUUAAUUUUGAGGAUGAUACGUCAAAUUUUGAUGAAUAUCCAGAAUCCAAGGGCGACCCUGAACUUCCCGAGUACUCAAAUGAGCACCCCGACCCCUUUGUUGAUUUUGAUGAAUCUUAGCACACCAGCAAGACAGAAAAUCAUGGGAGUUUAUAUAAUUUUCGAUAGUAGCAGCGAUAUUGCGGAUGUUGUGCCGGCGGAAUUUUGUCACAUCUGGUAAAAACGGAGGCGCCUGGCGGCGACUCGCAGCUCCGGCUGAAGUGGCAUUGUAGCCAGGGCUGCUGAUUGUCAAUUGUGGGGGUCCUAGUUCGCUCAUAGGGAGCUCGGGGUACUAAGCUAGCCCUACUGCG